CGAAGAUAAGGUCGUUCUGUUUUUAGAAUAAAACACCUCGGGUAUUGCUGGUGCUGGAUUUUUUUUAUCAGAAAUCCGAUUUUAAGUGAGGAAGCUUCGGAACCGAAGGGCUUAUCAAAGCCCAACUGUGAAAUGAUAUUUCUGACACAUACACGCGCAUAUGUGUAGUCUGUGAUUAUUGAUAAAGUGUGCUCUGUGUCUGUGUGUUCCAUGCUCUCUUCUCUUUAUCUGUAAACUACAUUUAACAACUGCAUGACCUGACCAUGAGUGAUCUCAAUUGGUGUACUUGCUGUGACACUGCUAUUAACCACUACUCUGAUUCGCUCUAUUGUAGUGAAGAUUGUCUACGUGGAGAUGCACUGAAGAAUCACCCAUUGUUAGGCUACGAAUGGAAUGACUUUGUCGACUUUCCACGUCCAUAUUAUCAACGCAACCCAGCAUUUUCUGCGCCAAAUGCCUAUCAUGCACAGCCAGAACAGCAACACGACAAAGCAAUAAAUACUACUGCCAUUACUCGGGCGACCGCACCCGACUCGAUGCGGUCAAAAACAACUACAUCUCGGCGGUCUUCAUCAGCAAUAUUUCCAUCGCUUUCACCUUCGCUGUUAUCAUCUUCAAGCACAUCGCUAUGCGCCUCACCUGCACUCACAGCUAACUCGACUACGCCUAGUAGCCCUGCAAGCAGCUCCUUCUAUUCAAGUGCCUUGCCGCCUUCCAAAUUUGACAUGCUACUGUCGACCAACGAUACCAAAAACACUAAUAACAAGCAUUCAAACAAGCAUUCAACAAUGACAAAAUCGGUAAAAUCCCAGGGAUCAUUGCUGUCCGCAAGAAUGAUUAUGCCCGAUAAUCAUCCGUCAUAAAAAACGUGUCCUUUUCUCCUCUUUUUCCUUACUCAACAACUGUAAAUAAUAGCAACUUCUUUUCCUUUUAAUGGGCGUAGCAGUAGUGUCUCCUCUUGUUCAAAUCGAUAGCACGCCAUUGCCUUCCACAACAAUUCAAAAAGAAAAUAGAAGAAGCUACAAAUCGUACAUAAAAUAAUAUAAUAGGAUACCCUAUCACCAUCUCUUGCAAAUGC